UUCGCCCAGUAUGCAGAGAUCGUCAACUUCACCCUCCCAAACGGCACCCGUCGGAGCGGGCAGGUGCUGGAGGUGGCCGGCUCCAAAGCCAUUGUCCAGGUGUUUGAAGGGACCUCUGGCAUCGAUGCCCACAAGACGACUUGCGAGUUCACUGGGGACAUCCUCCGCACGCCGGUGUCCGAGGACAUGCUGGGCCGCGUCUUCAACGGUUCGGCCAAGCCCAUCGACAAAGGCCCCGUGGUGAUGGCCGAGGACUUCCUGGACAUUAACGGGCAGCCCAUCAAUCCUCAGGGACGCAUUUACCCCGAGGAGAUGAUCCAGACGGGACUCUCCCCCAUCGACGUCAUGAACAGCAUCGCCAGAGGACAGAAGAUCCCCAUCUUCUCGGCUGCUGGCCUCCCCCACAACGAGAUCGCAGCUCAGAUCUGCAGGCAGGCCGGGCUGGUGAAGAAAUCGAAAGACGCCAUGGAUUACCACGAGGAUAACUUUGCCAUCGUCUUCGCCGCCAUGGGGGUGAACAUGGAAACGGCCCGGUUCUUCAAAUCGGACUUUGAGGAGAACGGGUCCAUGGAGAACGUCUGCCUGUUCCUCAAUUUGGCCAACGACCCCACUAUUGAGCGGAUCAUCACGCCCCGUCUGGCUCUGACCACGGCCGAGUUCCUGGCCUAUCAGUGUGAGAAGCACGUUCUGGUGAUCCUGAAUAUCACACACCCCAUUCCGGAUUUGACCGGAUUCAUCACGGAAGGACAAAUUUACGUGGACCGACAGCUUCACAACCGGCAGAUCUACCCGCCCAUCAACGUGCUGCCGUCUCUCUCCCGUCUGAUGAAGUCGGCCAUUGGGGAAGGCAUGACCCGGAAGGACCACGGGGACGUUUCAAAUCAAUUGUACGCCUGCUACGCCAUUGGCAAAGACGUCCAGGCUAUGAAGGCCGUGGUGGGAGAAGAGGCCCUGUCAGCUGAUGACCUUCUCUACUUGGAGUUCCUGCAGAAGUUUGAGAAGCAGUUCAUUGCUCAAGUCAUUUGGGAAUCGGAGAGCGAUUCAGAUUGGGAGGAAGAGGAAGAUGAUCAG